GGGGCAGGGGAGGCCGGGACCAUCGCAGUGACAAUUUAUUUUCCUGCAGCAGCGGCAGCAGGGAAGGUUGCUGCAGGUUCGGGGUCGGCCGGCCUGCGCGUGGGUUUGCGAGGACGCUGUUCGUCCCCUGCGCUGGGGUGUCCGACAGCGAGGAGGAGGAGAACGACGCACGUAGCCCGCGCGAGUGGAACCAGCAAAGCUCCAUCGGUCGGCAGAGGAGAAGCGGGAGGAGGCACGGCCGAGGCAAACGAGCGGACUCCUCGUCGCCGGGUGCCGGUAUCACCCCGCUGCAACGCCUUCCAGUAAAAGCUACCGCGGCCCGGGUUGCAGCAGCCGGACGGAUGCCAAGGCCACACGACAGGCACGGGGGGGCAGCCGUCGCAGUCGCCGUCCCAUACGGGCUGCGGAUACCGAGGGUUGCUAGUGAGUAGCGGCGCGCGCGCGUGGGUGAGAGCGCGCACCGGACAGGGAAGUGCGCACGGCGGGUGUGUCUGCCUCGUGGCCUGGCGCGCGCCGGCCCUUCCGCUGGCAGCGUCCGGUCCCGGGCUGGCUCUGGGGGAGGAAAAAAUGCACUUUGGCGGCUGAUCGCUUCCUUCCUGCCAGUCUUGCAAUCGGCCGCCUCCAUCCGCGCCGCCUGCGUGCGCCCCUCCGCUGGGCCCUCUGGGUUAGUUUCACCUUGAUAGGGAGGCAGGAAGCCCUGGCUGCUGGUGGCAGGGCGGGACUCUGGCCGUGACCUAUACGUGGGUGCGCCUGUUUUUUUGGUUCAGCCCUGGGUGCAGCCUUGGAGAUGAUGUCGACCUUGGGAGGACCACUGCACUGUCUCUAGCGGCGCGGUGUGGAGGAGGGAGGGGCGAGGGUUAGAAAAACAGACCUUUACCCCGGCCGAGCAGGUGCCAUGCCUUUCCAGAUGAUGUUACUUUUAUGCCAUUUAUGAGCGACUAAGACAUUGCCCCUCACCUGAAUAACUUAAAGCUUUCACCGAAAGCCCCCAGUGAGAUGCACAAAGAAAUGGAAUGUCUCCAAAAUAUAUUUUUUUCAGAACUUUCUCUAAAACAACCCACGCUGCUGAUACCCCCAGAGCCUAAGGUGCCAUAAUUGCUGAAGUUUAAAAGAAAAUUUAUAUAAGGAAUAAGUAAUUCAGGAAACGGAACCCAAUCUAGAGGUUUGAAAAAAAAAAAAAAUCAAGUGCCUGGGAAGUGGGGUGGGGUGGCUUGCUUCCUGGGAAUCAGUGUUCGGUAAUAAGUAAAAAAGACAGCUUUCAAAGUAAGCCCCAGUGAGCACACUGCUUUCCAAACAUCUUGCUCGUUACUGACAAUAACAUGAAGUCCUGGAUUUUAAGCUAUUUCCGAAGACAUAAUAGAUAUCACUAGGAUGCUGGUUUAUGGUCUCAUGAUUUAAGGCCCUGUCAAGGUCAAUAACGUAGAUUUGUUCCAGCAGAUAAAUUAUACCUGAAUGUUUGAUUGUUCGUGUCAAUUUUUUUGAGGGUAGGUUUUGACGGUUGUUUUACACAGAAAUUAAGCCACCGUGUUUUGUUUUUAUCCCGACCUUGUUUCCAUUGGAAAUUUUGUGUUUUCAGGAUGGAUGCUACAUUGUACUUCAAAAAUAUACUCUGCCACUGGAUUAUAGUGGGCAUUGUGUAGCUACACUAUACAUAUCUUUAUUUUUAAUACAAGUUAAUGUGUCGCUGAGCAGUAGGCUCUUUUUGUUUACCAUUUGCACCAUGAGAGCUUCUCCAUUCAAAGGCAUAAAGUGUUAUUGGAAUCUACCUGGAAAAUGAAUUGGCUGAUUGUUUUCUGUUCAGACACAGAUACAGCAAAUUGCCACCAAGAAUCUGCUUUUGCGUAUACUUUGGCUGUAAUUUAUGUAGCAACUGGUUCUUGGGAAUUUCAAGAAGAAACUUGUUUUCUUAUCCUCACCUAUAAAGACCCUUCCCAGCUGUAAGAAUUUACAGCUACAAUCCAAGAAAUGAGAUUGCAUUUUACAGGAAAAGAAGGCUGAUAAUUCUUGCCCAAAACAUGAGAAGUAGAAGGAAUGUGAGAGAAAAUAAUGUAGAUUCCGUCCAGGAAGUGCUAGGUGCUUUCCUGGCCCAAGGAUGUGACCUUCUCUUGGAUUUUCCUGAUUACUAUGAGAGGCCAGUCGUUAGUGUUGCUGUAUGACUAUGAAGUGAUUGAGAAGAAACAGUGAACAUCCUCAUUUCACAGAUAAGACAACAUGGAUCAGCCUUUUACUGUGAAUUCUCUGAAAAAGUUAGCUGCUAUGCCUGACCAUACAGAUAUUUCCCUAAGCCCAGAAGAGCGAGUCCGUGCCCUAAGCAAGCUUGGUUGUAAUAUCACCAUCAGUGAAGACAUCACUCCACGACGUUACUUUAGGUCUGGAGUAGAGAUGGAGAGGAUGGCGUCUGUGUAUUUGGAAGAAGGAAAUUUGGAAAAUGCCUUUGUUCUUUAUAAUAAAUUUAUAACCUUGUUUGUAGAAAAGCUUCCUAACCAUCGAGAUUACCAGCAAUGUGCAGUACCUGAAAAGCAGGAUAUUAUGAAGAAACUGAAGGAGAUUGCAUUCCCAAGGACAGAUGAAUUGAAAAACGACCUUCUAAAGAAAUAUAACGUAGAAUACCAAGAAUAUUUGCAAAGCAAAAACCAAUAUAAAGCUGAAAUUCUCAAAAAACUGGAGCAUCAGAGAUUGAUAGAGGCAGAAAGGAAGCGGAUUGCUCAGAUGCGCCAGCAGCAGCUAGAAUCGGAGCAGUUUCUGUUUUUCGAAGAUCAACUCAAGAAGCAAGAGUUAGCCCGAGGUCAAAUGCGAAGUCAGCAGACCUCAGGGCUGUCAGAGCAGAUUGAUGGGAGCGCUUUGUCCUGCUUUUCCACACACCAGAACAAUUCCUUGCUGAAUGUAUUUGCAGAUCAACCUAAUAAAAGUGAUGCAACCAAUUAUGCUAGCCACUCUCCUCCUGUAAACAGGGCCUUAACGCCAGCUGCUACUCUAAGUGCUGUUCAGAAUUUAGUGGUUGAAGGACUGCGAUGUGUAGUUUUGCCAAAAGAUCUUUGCCACAAAUUUCUGCAGCUGGCAGAAUCUAAUACAGUGAGAGGAAUAGAAACCUGUGGAAUACUCUGUGGAAAACUGACACAUAAUGAAUUUACUAUUACCCAUGUAAUUGUGCCAAAGCAGUCUGCAGGACCAGACUAUUGUGACGUGGAGAAUGUAGAGGAAUUAUUCAAUGUUCAGGAUCAACAUGAUCUCCUCACUCUAGGAUGGAUCCAUACACAUCCCACUCAAACUGCAUUUUUAUCCAGCGUUGAUCUUCACACUCACUGUUCCUAUCAACUCAUGUUGCCAGAGGCCAUUGCCAUUGUUUGCUCACCAAAGCAUAAAGACACUGGCAUCUUCAGGCUCACCAAUGCUGGCAUGCUUGAGGUUUCUGCUUGUAAAAAAAAGGGCUUUCAUCCACACACCAAGGAGCCCAGGCUGUUCAGUAUGCUCAGAGUGUGUGCACAAGGCUGGCACGCCCAGGGUCUUCCUCAUGGCACUAACAGUCUACUGAAAGGUGGAACAGAGACAAGCCUAUCAACACCUACAAGACUGGUGGUUCUUACGUCUGUUGCUAGAUUAUCGUCCAAAAGUGUUAAUGCCCAAGUGACUGACAUCAACUCCAAGGGACUGGAAUUGAGGAAGACUGUUACUACAGUUGAGACUCAGAACUUGGAAGGCCUGCAUCAUGAUGGCCAAUUCUGCCAUAAGCCCUGUCCUCCAGGUGAAAGGAAAGCUAGGGACUGCACAGUCAAUGGGGAUGAACCAGACUGCGUGCCCUGCCAAGAAGGGAAGGAGUACACAGACAAAGCCCAUUUUUCUUCCAAAUGCAGAAGAUGUAGAUUGUGUGAUGAAGGACAUGGCUUAGAAGUGGAAAUAAACUGCAUCCGGACCCAGAAUACCAAGUGCAGAUGUAAACCAAACUUUUUUUGUAACUCUACUGUAUGUGAACACUGUGACCCUUGCACCAAAUGUGAACAUGGAAUCGUCAAGGAAUGCACACUCACCAGCAACACCAAAUGCAAAGAGGAAGGAUCCAGAUCUAACUUGUGGUGGUUGUGUCUUCUUCUUCUUUUCCCAAUUCUACUAAUUGUUUGGGUGAAGAGAAAGGAAGUACAGAAAGCAUGCAGAAAGCACAGAAAGGAAAACCAAGGUCCUCAGGAAUCUCCAACCUUAAAUCCUGAAACAGUGGCAAUAAAUUUAUCUGAUGUUGACUUGAGUAAAUAUAUCACCACUGUUGCUGGAGUCAUGACACUAAGUCAAGUUAAAAGCUUUGUUCGAAAGAAUGGUGUCAAUGAAGCCAAAAUAGAUGAGAUCAAGAAUGACAAUGUCCAAGACACAGCAGAACAGAAAGUUCAACUGCUUCGUAAUUGGCAUCAACUUCAUGGAAAGAAAGAUGCGUAUGACGCAUUGAUUAAAGGUCUCAAAAAAGCCAAUCUUUGUACUCUUGCAGAGAAAAUUCAGACUAUCAUCCUCAAGGACAUUACUAGUGACUCAGAAAAUUCAAACUUCAGAAAUGAAACCCAAAGCUUGGUCUAGAGUGAAAAACAACAAAUUCAGUUCUGAGUAUAUGCAAUUAGUGUUUGAAAAGAUUCUUAAUAGCUGGCUGUAAAUACUGCUUGGUUUUUUACUGGGUAUAUUUUAUCAUUUAUUAGCGCUGAAGAGCCAACAUAUUUAUAGAUUUUUAAUAUCUGAUGAUUCUGCCUCCAAGGAUGUUUAAAAUCUAGUUGGGAAGACAAACAUCAUCAAGAGUAAAUGCAGUGGCAUGCUAAGUGCCCAAAUAGGAGUGUAUGCAGAGGAUGAAAGAUUAAGAUUGUGCUCUGGUAUCUAACAUAUGAUUCUGUAGUAUGAAUGUAAUCAGUGUAUGUUAGUACAAAUGUCUAUCCACAGGCUAACUCCACUCCAUGAAUCAACAGAAGAAGCUAUGACCUUUUGUUGAAAUAUCAGUUACUGAACAGGCCACUUUGCCUCUAAAUUACCUCUGAUAAUUCUAGAGAUUUUACCAUAUUUCUAAACUUUGUUUAUAACUUUAAGAAGAUCAUAUUUAUGUAAAGUAUAUGUAUUUGAAUGCAGAAUUUAAAUAAGGCUCUACCUCAAAGACCUUUGCACAGAUUAUUGGUGUCAUAUUAUACAAUAUUUCAAUUGUGAAUUCACAUAGAAAACAUUAAAUUAUAAUGUUUGACUAUUA